AUCGUUACCUUAGUGACAAUACCUCGUAUCUACAAAUUUUACGAAAAUGACUUUUUGAUAUUAACAUUUUUAGAAUCUCUUUGCGCGUAAUUUUGAUCAUAACCAAUAUUGUGAUAAGACGCUUAUUUUCCCUCCAAUUUACGGUUUUGUGAUACAUCGUAUCUGAUUGUUACAUGUGAUAUCGCGUAUCUACAAGUUUUUGUACCUGUAUUUUAAGGUUUCAAUAAAUCAACAGAAUACAGCUUAUUUAAGAACAGAUAUGGCGAAGCGAAGGUUACAAAAAAUUCUAGAUUUGUCAUGUGCAAAUAACAAUAAUAAUUCUAACUAUAGUGGGGACCCUGGACAGAACAUCCAAAGCUUUGCAGAUAUUAUAUCCUCUUCUACAAUAGUCUUCGAUGAACAUUUCUAUUCUGAUGGAAAUAUUGAUACUAUCAUAAAUUCAGAUAUAUCUAUUGACAAUGAGGUUUUAGCCUUUCCAAUUGAUGAUAAUGCUAUUAAAGUUAACUGUGAUCAAGCUGAUCAAAAUUUUGUGACUGAAGAAAAUGAAAACAUAAAUAAUGUAGUAAUUUUGGCUGAAAAUGAAUUAGAAUAUUAUAAUGUUGAUGCUAUUACACUUCCAUUUGAAAUUAAUAAUUCUACUAUGGAAAUUUGUACUCGGGAAAAUAACAACACCGAUAAUAUUGAAAAUCAGGUAGUAGAACAACAUAAUAUAAAAAGCAAAAAUAUCCGAAGUAUAAAACCUAAACCUGAUAUGUGGAAGAGAAAAACCAGCCAGAAAUUGAGAAUGAAUGGUGAUGAUUAUAUAGGGUAUCAGAGAAAAGGAAAUGUUGUAUUUCAAGAUGUUACUAAAUUUUGUUAUAUAUUUUUAAAUAUUGAUCUCAAGGAUGAUUUCAAUGCAAUAUGAGUUUAUUUUAUUCUUUUUCAAAGUCUGAUAUUGAUGUUAAGUAUGAUGUUAUUUUAUGUUUUUUAAUUUUGUA